AUGAAUUUAACUUAAAAAAUUCUUGUUAGUGUAGCAGUUUUAGGUGUUUUCUUGCUCACCUUAAACUAUGUUAUUGAUCAUAAAACUGAUGAUGAAAUUAAAUUUAUGCUUAGAAAGUCUAUUGAAAGAGCUUUUAAGAAUUUCAAGGUUAAAUACGCUAAAACUUAUAAAGAUGAUACUGAAGAAUAAUACAGAUUCUCUGUCUUUACAAACAACUACGUAGAAAUCUAUAGACACAAUAAAUUUUUAGUCUUUUCUAAGGUAGGCGUCAAUUAAUUCGCUGAUCUUACCCAUGAAGAAUUCAAAGCUUUAUAUACUGGUCAUAAACACUCAAAAGAUGAUGACGAUGAUGAUAAUAAAAAUAAACAACCUCAUCUCCCAACUGAUAACUUACCUGCCUCUUUCGAUUGGAGAGAUAAGGGUGCUAUUACUCCAGUUAAAGUCCAAAACGGAUGUGGUGGCUGCUGGGCCUUUUCCACUGUACAAAGUAUCGAAGGUCUUUACUUUUUGAAAACUGGUAAAUUAGAAUCCCUUUCUACCUAAUAAGUAAUUGAUUGUUGCAGAAUCGAUGAAAGUGGCUGUCUUGGUGGUGAUCCUGAACCUGCUUUCAGAUGUAUUUAAAAUAAUGGUGGUAUCAUGACUGAAACAGAAUAUCCUUAUAUUGCCAAGCAACAAUCUUGCAAAUUUGAUGAAGACAAGCCUACCUUCUAAAUCGGAGGAUAUAUUGAUGUCCCUUCUGAUUAAUCUUAAGUUAAGGCUGCACUCCUUAUCCAACCUCUUUCAAUUUGUUUGAAUAGUUCUGAUACCUCAUUCAAAUAUUACAAAUCAGGUGUCAUUACUGAGUGCGAAGAUGGUCCUUAUGAUGGUCCCGAUCACUGCCUUUUACUUGUAGGUUAUGGUCAUGAUGAAGAAUUGAAAGUUGAUUAUUGGUUAAUUAAAAAUCAAUGGGGUACAACUUGGGGUGAAGAAGGUUACGUUAGAAUUAUUAGAGAUGAUAAUGAUCAUAAGGGUCCUGGUAAGUGCUUCGUUGUUGCUGAAGUUCGUUAUCCUAUUGCUAAAAACACUACUGCCUCAGCUUUUUGA